UAAAACAGCCUUUUGUUUUCUGGCUGGCUGCCAACACCUUUGUAAUGCUUAUUAGCUCAGAUGUGAAAGACUUGGGUCUGAAGUUUGAUUCUGUUGCUCUCCCUGCACUCUCUCUCUCGUAUCCUCCUCCUCUUCACGCAGUGCAGUCAGAGUGUGGGUGAAGUGCUGUCAUCAGUAGUGUGCGCUGUAGUACUCAUCCUCCCCUGACAGUGUGAUUUUCUUUCUCUUGUAGGUCAGUCAACUGAUAUGAAGUGCGAUCCUCCAGGCGACAGUGUCAGACUGUGACACUGAGAGCUGCGUUGGCUUCGGUUUUGCUCUCUCUCACUCUCUUCCCCCCACCUUUCUCUGGAUGCUGGUCAUGGCAAUUCCACUCCAUCACAAAUCACCUGCGAUUGCUUUGCUGCAGAAGAUUCAGGCUAGUGACUUGGACACUUUUGGCAGGCAAACUCUACAGUUACCUAUAAGUGGCGAUGGACCUCUGAAUGAAAUCUAUGUGGAGAAAAACCGAGCAGGAGCGAUGAACUACCCGGAAAGUGGCUACGAGUUCGCUGCAGCAGCUACCCUGUACAACCCGGCCAGUCUGGGCUACACAGCCUCCAGUGACUCGCACGGCUCCAGCAACAUCGGGGGGCUGCACUCCCUCAACAGCAUGUCUCCGAGCCCGCUGGUCUUUCUACAGACCGCGCCUCAGCUCUCAUCCUUUGUUGCCCACGGGCAGCAGGUCCCCUAUUAUGUGGAAAACGAGCAGAGUAGCUGCAGCAGCUUUGGCUUGCGGGACGCUCCCCCUUCAACCUUUUACAGAAUUAACAGUGACAACAGACGCCAGCGAGUGAAUGAUCACCUCUCCAGCACCAGCGAGCAAAGCAGCCCAUCCGCAGGCACAUUAGAAUCCAGCAAGGAGACCCGAUACUGUGCAGUGUGCAGUGAUUACGCCUCAGGCUAUCACUAUGGAGUCUGGUCAUGUGAAGGCUGUAAAGCUUUUUUCAAGAGAAGCAUUCAAGGACACAAUGACUACAUGUGCCCUGCCACAAACCAAUGUACCAUCGAUAAAAACCGCAGGAAGAGCUGCCAAGCCUGCAGACUGCGUAAAUGCUAUGAAGUGGGCAUGAUGAAAGGUGGUAUCCGUAAAGACCGUCGGGGUGGCCGGAUGUUAAAGCACAAGCGGAGGAAAGAUGAGAAGGAGCACGUCAUUAAGAGUACGGGAGUGACCAGCAGACCGAGCUCCAGCAGCGUGAGCCCAGUGCAGAGGAGCACCAAGCACAGCUCUCUGCUUGGCAUGACCUCGGACGAGAUUCUCAGUACCCUGAUGGAGGCCGAGCCCCCUAUGGUUUACUCCGAACACGACCCCGGCAAACCCUUCACCGAGGCGUCCAUGAUGACUUUGCUAACAAACCUGGCUGAUAAGGAAUUGGUGCACAUGAUCAUUUGGGCUAAGAAGGUUCCAGGAUUUGUGGAUUUAACACUUCAUGACCAGGUGCAACUGCUGGAAUGCUGCUGGUUAGAAAUUUUGAUGAUUGGCCUUGUCUGGCGCUCCAUGGAACAUCCCGGAAAGCUCAUAUUUGCACCAGAUCUGGUUUUGGACAGGAAUGAAGGGAAAUGUGUUGAAGGGAUGGUGGAGAUAUUUGAUAUGCUCCUAGCAACAGUGUCCCGAUUCCGACUGCUGAAGCUGCAGUGUGAGGAGUACAUCUGUCUGAAGGCCAUAAUUUUACUGAAUUCUGGCGUGUUCCCCUUUCUCUCCAGUACCAUGGAAGCCCUGAACGACAGUGAGCAGAUUCAGAUAAUCUUGGACAAAAUCACUGACGCUCUGGUUCACUUUAUCACCAGGGCCGGCCUCUCACUGCAGCAGCAAUCCCGGAGACUAGCUCAACUUCUGCUACUGCUCUCCCACAUCCGGCACAUGAGUAACAAGGGAAUGGAACACCUUUACAGUAUGAAAUGUAAGAAUGUGGUACCUCUCUAUGACUUGCUCCUGGAGAUGUUGGAUGCUCACAGAAUGCACAUGCCAAUGGACAAGCCCCAGCCUGCAGGAAACGGAGCCAAUCCAGUCAAUAGAGGGACCAUGCCUUCCUCUUCUUCACUGUCACUAAAGAAGACUGAUGCAAGUUUUGACACGUCGAGAUAGGUCAGUGGUUGAAAUGGCACGCAGUAUUAACAGAGGUCCCAGCAGAAAACUACCUACGAUCACUUGCAAAUGAAGCACAUCACUGCAGCAAAAUUUAUAUAGCUUCAGCCUCAUCCAAAAGCAACUACUCUGCAACAAAACAAGCCCUGUAUUUUGUGUACUUACUGAUUCGGAAAGGGCUUGCUAGUGACGCGGGAACAGCAUAGUGUUCCAGCAGUUUUGUAAAGUUGUCUAAACUUUUCGAAGAAUUUACUGCAACUCCAAGUGCUUGACUAGAACAUGACCAUGAGGACCAACAUUAAAGGAUGGAUAAUCCUUGGCUUUCCAAAAACCACUUGGCGACAGAAUGAGUUAGACCACAGAGCAUUCACCUCUGAGCUACCUGAGGUCCAAUCUGCUGGUGAUGGUUUGGAUGGAGAACCAGGAUGCAAGGGGGCGGAGGUGAACGGAGUUAAUGCACUUAUCCUCGUACACAUCUGGAUCCCGUCGGCAGCUGUGCGGGGGAAUCGAGGAGAAAAUAACCCACUCUGGUGCCAAUCUUCUGAGCUGGGGCCAUACUGCUGGCUCAGAGUAAAGGGAGCUUUACCCUUCCGUGGAAUUCUCUUCACUCCCUCAUCUUCAGUUUAAAAAAAAACAAAUCUCACAAACAUAUUCUCCUUCAACAUGGCAUGUGAAUUUCCCCAUGACUCAACUGACCUUGUGGUCAUUCAGUUCCUCUGCCAGUACUGGCGGCCAUCUUGGUCCUAUUGCUUAUUCCAUCAUCUUUGUUCAUUAAUUUGGGUUUAUGUUAUGCUUGUUAAUAAUUUGAAUAGAUUGAUUUGUUUUGCAUAAUUAGGAGUUUGUAAUGUGUUCUGGACUAAAUGCAGCCAAUAUUCGACAUGCCUCCAGCUAAGUCACAAAAUAACUGCUGCAUUAAAAUCUUGGAACUCCCCCUCCUCUCUGCUCUGAACAGCCACCUUUGGGAGCACCAUCACCACAUGGACUGCAGCAAUUCAACAAGGUCCACCAUCACCUUCUCCAUAACAACAAGAGAUGGCCAAUAAAGGCCAACCUUGCUUGUUUGCCCAGAAUACAAUUUUAAAGUUUCUGGGUGUGGAGAGAUGACUAAAGCACCGUGAUCAUGAUACCAACCAGACCUCGAUAGCCCAUGGCCGCAUUCCCUCAAAGGUUUUUGACACUCAAUGGGAAGAAUUGGAAUCGGAACCCUGGGCAGGAAUAGGAGGUUCACUUCAGAUCAGCGUCCUGUCAAGUUUUAACACAUCAGCCCAAUAUUGCAUUACCAAUAUCGACACUGGCUACUACCUCAUGCACUGGUGGUUUGUAGGGAAUUCUUUUGCAACACUACUGUUUACUCUGUAUCAUUGUUGCAUUAAUUGUAAGAUGCUUAUUCUCUACUAUGGGUCAACCAACAGCCUUAGAUGCAAUGUUUCCUCAUUUGGUGCCUUUUUUUGUACGCUUGUGUCAGACGCUUAUUGUUUAGGUGUCAUAGUGCUGUUGAGGUGGUGUGUUGCCGUUUUACGUUUUGAAUUGGAGUUGCUGAAACCCAAAGAUUUUACGAAUUAUUUCUGGGGCAGGAUUUGGGCAUGCAAUGAUGAUACAUCAAUGAUGCAUUUUGUAUGUUGAAUCCCCUGGGUCCACCCUUAGUGCUAAUGGAGGGCAUGUUGGGAGCAAUCAUGAAAUCACCCAAAUAGGAACCUUCCUGCUCAACCAUUCCUGACUUCAGUUAGAAUCACCAGCUCACUCCCCACACCCUUACUCAGUUCUUUAUGCUCCGCAGAACUGAAUUCAUUAGAUCCCAGCUUCCACCAGUCAAUGGACGAGAUGAAUUUUCUCUCCUGGGUAAAGUUAUAACAGAAAACUUAUCCUGACUGUUGAAAAUUAUGAAGAAGGCAUCAGGCAUCACAUGGUGAAGAUAAUUGAUAGAACAGUCAGGGGGAGAAUAGGUGGAGGGUAGCGAAGUGGGAGUGUACUGACAGAGAUCUUUUUUUAUAUGGCAAGCUGUUAAAAUUGUGAGUGGAGAAGGUAGAUUCAAUAGUAACUUGCACUUGUGCUGAAUGGCCUCAUGCUGUACUGUAUGAUUGCAUAUCAUCCUUCAUAUCAUCCUCUAUUCCUGAUGAAGGGCUUUUGCCCAAAACGUCGAUUUUCCUGCUCCUUGGAUGCUGCCUGACCUGCUGUCUUUUUCCAGCACCAGUCUAAUCUAAACUCUAUCAUCCUUCCUGUUUUCUGGAUAUAUAUGUUGU